AUCUUGGGAGACAGUGUUGGAAAAGCAGCCUCCACUGUAACUCGUCACGCCGCUCCGUUUCUGCACUCCAUCUCGCUCUCCCUCCUGCGCUAUUCUGCACUGCACUGCAUCCCUCUCUCCCCCUCUCUCUCUCUCUCGCUCUCUCUUUCCCUCUCUUUCUUUCUCCUACCUGCAUCCCCCUCACUCUGCACGCUCUUGUUCCUCAGCUCUGCUCCACUUGUGGAAAUACCGCACACUCUUGUUUCUCGGCUGGAAGUGGAAAGUAAUACUCCCGGUUCUCCAGAAUUUUUCCCGACUCUGUGGAUCUGUGCGGGCCUGAGGAGGGGGGGUGGUGGCGAGGAGCGGGUACCUGAGAACAAGGCUUCAAAGUGGUGCCGCUGGUAGGAGUGGUUGAUGGUUGCGCCUGGAGGGUCAUGCCCUGGGACUUGUGCGCCUUGCGCUGCUUGGAGCUGGAGCUCUUCUCCCAUUUCUGCCCCAGCUUGAUCCUGGUGCCGGGGGAAGCUUCCAGGCACCGAGAAGAGUGGGCACCAUGAACCAACUGGAUGCGCCGCGGCCAAUCAAUUGGACUAUCAGGAAACUGUGCCACGCAGCCUUCCUGCCAUCUGUACGCCUACUCAAGGCGCAGAAAUCAUGGAUAGAGAGAGUGUUCAGCAAGAGAGAAUGCGUUCAUAUCAUUGUGAGCGCCAAAGACCCCCAUAGGUGCUGCUGCGGUCGCCUGAUAGGACAGCAUGUGGGCCUUCCCCCCGGCAUCUCAUCCAGUCACAAUGAUAAAGCGGAACGGCCGGCCAAGAAUGACGCUCUGUCUGAGAAGUGGUCCAUCAGCAAACACACUCAGCUCAGCCCGACGGAUGCGUUCGGCACCAUUGAGUUCCAGGGAGGAGGACAUUCCAACAAAGCCAUGUACGUGCGAGUGUCUUACGACACCAAGCCGGACCUGCUGCUGCAUCUGAUGACCAAGGAGUGGCAGCUGGAGCUGCCCAAGCUUCUCAUCUCAGUCCACGGGGGGCUGCAGAACUUUGAACUGCAGCCUAAACUCAAGCAGGUUUUUGGCAAAGGGCUCAUCAAGGCUGCCAUGACCACCGGAGCCUGGAUCUUCACCGGAGGGGUCAAUACAGGGGUCAUUCGCCAUGUGGGUGAUGCGCUAAAAGACCACGCCUCCAAGUCCAGGGGAAAAAUCUGCACCAUCGGCAUUGCUCCCUGGGGCAUCGUGGAAAAUCAGGAGGAUCUCGUUGGUAAAGACGUGGUGCGUCCGUAUCAGACCAUGUCCAACCCAAUGAGCAAGCUGACGGUUCUCAACAGCCUCCACUCGCACUUCAUCCUGGCCGACAACGGCACCACGGGGAAGUACGGCGCCGAGGUCAGGCUGCGGCGACAGUUGGAGAAACACAUCUCCUUGCAGAAGAUCAACACGCGUAUUGGCCAGGGCGUACCAGUGGUGGCUCUCAUUGUGGAAGGAGGCCCUAAUGUGAUCUCCAUCGUGUUGGAGUACCUCAGGGACACCCCGCCGGUCCCUGUAGUCGUGUGUGACGGCAGCGGAAGAGCCUCCGACAUCUUGGCAUUUGGUCACAAAUACUCCGAGGAGGGAGGCAUAAUUAACGAGUCUCUGAGAGACCAGUUGCUGGUGACCAUCCAGAAAACCUUCAGCUACAGCCGCACACAGGCCCAACAUCUGUUCAUCAUCCUCAUGGAGUGCAUGAAAAAGAAGGAGCUGAUUACAGUCUUUCGAAUGGGCUCCGAAGGUCAUCAAGAUAUUGACCUUGCCAUCCUCACCGCACUUCUAAAAGGCGCCAACGCUUCAGCUCCUGACCAGUUGAGUUUGGCUCUGGCGUGGAACAGAGUCGACAUUGCCCGGAGUCAGAUCUUCAUCUAUGGACAACAGUGGCCUGUUGGUUCCUUGGAGCAAGCCAUGUUGGAUGCCUUAGUUCUGGACCGGGUGGACUUUGUCAAGCUGCUGAUUGAAAACGGAGUCAGUAUGCAUCGUUUCCUCACGUUAUCCAGGCUAGAGGAGCUCUACAACACGAGGCACGGCCCGUCCAACACGCUUUACCACCUCGUCAGGGAUGUCAAAAAGCGAGAAUAUCCAGGGUUCAGUUGGAUCUACUUCAAGGGAAACCUGCCCCCAGACUACCGCAUCAGCCUCAUCGACAUCGGACUGGUCAUUGAGUACCUAAUGGGCGGAGCUUAUCGUUGUAACUACACCAGGAAGAGAUUCAGGACUCUGUACCACAACCUUUUUGGACCCAAAAGGCCCAAAGCCUUGAAACUGCUGGGGAUGGAGGAUGACAUGCCGAUCCGUAGGGGCCGCCAGAAAACCACGCGCAAACGAGAGGAGGAGGUGGACAUCGAUUUGGACGAUCCCGAAAUCAACCACUUCCCUUUCCCCUUCCACGAGCUGAUGGUGUGGGCCGUGCUGAUGAAGCGGCAGAAGAUGGCGCUCUUCUUUUGGCAACACGGCGAAGAGGCCAUGGCCAAAGCCUUGGUGGCGUGCAAACUGUGUAAGGCCAUGGCGCACGAGGCUUCCGAGAACGACAUGGUGGACGACAUCUCGCAGGAGCUCAACCACAACUCCAGAGAGUUUGGCCAGCUGGCUGUGGAACUUCUGGACCAGUCCUAUAAACAGGACGAGCAGAUGGCCAUGAAGCUCCUGACGUAUGAGCUGAAGAACUGGAGCAACGCCACCUGCCUGCAGCUGGCGGUAGCGGCCAAGCAUCGCGAUUUCAUCGCCCACACUUGCAGUCAGAUGUUGCUGACCGACAUGUGGAUGGGACGUCUGCGCAUGCGGAAGAACUCGGGACUCAAGGUCAUCUUGGGCCUGCUCCUGCCGCCGUCUAUCCUGAGCCUGGAGUUCAAGAACAAAGAUGAGAUGUCGUACAUGCCCCAGGACCAGGAGGCCUACUUACAGGAAAAGGAGGAAGAAGAGCCCGAGAAGCCCGUCAAGGAGAAGGAGGAAGAAGACAUGGAGUUCACAGUAAGAUCUUACUGUGAGGCGCAGUACAACUCCGUGGCGAUGUUGGGGAAGGUAGCCACGGAGACGUCCAGAAAGAAGGACGUCGAGGAGGUUCAGAAACGUCACCGCCUCAUCCCCAUGGGACGCAAGAUCUACGAGUUUUAUAACGCUCCCAUCGUCAAGUUCUGGUUCCAUACGAUGGCCUACGUGGGCUACCUAAUGUUAUUCAACUACAUUGUCCUGGUAAAGAUGGAUCUGCAGCCUUCGCCGCAAGAGUGGAUCGUCAUCGCUUACAUCUUCACUAACGGCAUUGAGAAGAUGAGAGAGAUCCUUAUGUCAGAGCCAGGGAAGUUGUUACAAAAGGUCAAGGUGUGGCUUCAGGAGUAUUGGAACAUCACAGACCUCAUGGCCAUCCUGAUAUUUUCUGUCGGCAUGGUUCUGCGUCUCCAGGAGCCCCCGCUCAUGAACUAUGGACGGGUCAUCUAUUGCGUCAACAUCAUCUACUGGUACAUCCGGCUGCUCGACAUCUUUGGUGUCAACAAGUACCUGGGUCCCUAUGUGAUGAUGAUUGGCAAGAUGAUGAUCGACAUGAUGUACUUUGUGAUCAUCAUGUUGGUGGUGCUCAUGAGCUUUGGGGUGGCACGGCAGGCCAUCCUCAACCCCAAUGAAGACCCCUCUUGGAUGCUGGCACGCAACAUCUUCUUCAUGCCGUACUGGAUGAUCUAUGGCGAGGUGUUUGCUGACCAGAUUGACCAUAUUCAUAGUAGGAAGUUACAGCACAGGCUGAAUGAAAAACUCUGGCUGGUCGAAAAUUACUUACGAACUCUCGGAACCUGGCGUAGUAGUGGUGCAUCCCACAUUGCCCAGUGCUCUCAGAAUUCCACUCCCUGUGGGCAGAACAUCACCAGCGAGGGCGGAGUGGUGGUCACUCUGCCUCCAUGUAAGACGGGCGCCUGGAUUGUCCCGGCCAUCAUGGCCUGCUACCUGCUGGUGGCCAACAUACUGCUGGUCAAUCUCCUCAUCGCUGUGUUCAACAACACCUUCUUCGAGGUGAAGUCCAUCUCCAACCAAGUUUGGAAGUUCCAGCGCUACCAGCUCAUCAUGACCUUCCACGAGCGUCCGGUCCUUCCUCCGCCGCUCAUCAUCUUCAGUCACAUUACUAUGGUGCUCAAGCACCUGUGUUGUCGCUGGCGCAAGCACGAUGACGACGAGAGGGACUACGGACUGAAGCUUUUCAUCACAGAGGACGAGCUGAAGAAGGUCCACGACUUUGAGGAGCAGUGCAUCGAAGAAUACUUCAGAGAGAAGGAUGACCGAUUCCACUCGUCCAAUGACGAAAGGAUCAGAGGCACCUCGGAAAGGGUGGAGAACAUGGCCAUGCGUCUCGAGGAAGUGAACGAGAGGGAGCACUUUAUGAAGGCCUCGCUGCAGACCGUCGACGUCCGCCUAGCGCAAAUGGAGGAACUGAUCGGGCGAAUCGCCGUGGCCUUGGAGCGCGUGACGGGCGUGGAACGCGGGGAAGUCAACAAAGUUCGAUCAAGGACCUCGUCUGACUGCACCGACUCGGCGUACAUCCUCCGCCAAGGGGAGUGCGCGGACGCCGCCUACAUUCUUCGCCAAAGCAGCUUCAACAGUACCGAGGGGAACACGUACCGCCUUCAGGAGGCGCUGGAGUGCACCGCCGAGGGCUCCAUGUCGCCUCCUUCUCCGACCGGCGGAGCGCCACGAACGAGAAGCCAUUCCUUUUACGUGGGAGGCGGCCGCGGCGGCGGCGAACGCGCCAGUGCCGCCGAACGAGCCGACGGCUUCUUCAAAGAGCGCUCGCUCAGUCUCCAUCGAGCCAACAGCUCGCAGUCUGUGUCGUCGUCCGCCGCCACCAAAGAGUCUAAGCCCCUCCCUCUGGCGACGCUGUCAGUCUCCCAGCAGCACCGUCCGUCAUCGUGCAUCGAUAUCUACGUCUCGACUUCCGAGGAGGCGGCACCCGCCGAGGUUUUUCUUGAAUCUCUGCGUGUGGUCCCGCCCCUCCAGAGAGAGGCGUCGCUGCAGUCCGACAUCGUGGAGGCGGUGCUGCCGGGAGGCCGGGACUUGAGCAGCGCCACCACCAGCGGCUUGGGCGACAGGCACUCGGAAGGCGGCGCGGCCAGCAGCGGGACGGCCGGCGCCGUUUUUGACGACAGCGCGGCGGCCGAUCUGUCCUUGUGCUCGGCCCACCUGUUACCGGACAUCGGGCUCCCCGCUUGGGACGCGGACCCGUCGCCGCCCCCCUCGGCCGGGCCCCUGGAGCGCUCCAAGAGCAGCCGGCUCCUCUCCGCGGUGGGCACGUCCUUCCUGGAAGAGCCUACUUUGGUCAAGUCCCACAGCCUGAUGUUCACGGCGAGGAGCUGCUACGGCGGACUGGGUGCGGGCGUCCAGGUCAAAGCUGCAGAGUACACCAGCAUCACCGACUGCAUCGACACCCGCUGCGUCUCCUCGCCGUACACCCCCAUCGACCGCUCGCAUUCCCCCGGGGGCUCCACGUCUUUCCCUUUUGAUAAGCCCUCGGACAUGGGCUCCUCUCACCCAGAGAGAGAGGCCGAGCUCAGUCACACGGAGUCUGAUCCGGAGGACCUCGAAGAGCUCGUUCCGACCCCGGACACCCCUCAUCCGGGGACCCUGGGCAGACCCGGCGGGGCCCCUCUCUGCCCACCCUUCUCCAGGCUGGAGCGAGCGAACAGCUGCUCUUCAGACGACUCCCAUCCUUCGCUCACGCUGGCCCCUCCGCACAGGAAGAGCCUGUCGGUGAGUGAGAGGAUGGAGAGGGGACCGGGUCUGGGGGCAGACAGGGGACCUGGGCCCGGGGGGCGGGGUCUGGCGGGAACCAGAAACCCCUUCCUCAGGAGCAAGUCCGGGGCACGGCCUGACGCGGCCAAGACUGACAGCCUCUCCAUGAGGAAGCUGGCCGCUCCAUCAGCGUUCCGCAGCUUCGAUAGACAGAACUACACGUGACAAGACACGCGUCGCGCGCACACACACACACACACACACACACACAUCGCACACACUGAAAGGAAGAAGGGAAAGCAUGAAAACCGGAUCACCUUGCCCUUAGAUUUCUACCUGGACCAGAUCUGCAGUGCAUUUGGGAUCAGCACCUGGAGUGUGUGAGCGGGUUCUUCUGUACACCUGUCGAAAAACUAAGCGCUAUAAAUUGAGCAUAGCUUUCACUCACUUCCACCUUGUAGCUAACUUAACUCUCAGUGGAAGCUGUGUUUGUGCUGUACGUCUUCCACCCGCUACCUUGACAUCAUCUUUUUGUCUCAGUCGCGUCACAGAAACAAAACAUCAGAACCACAAAGGACAUUGAAAACUACACAAACCGUAGCAUAAUGUUGCCUCAACAAAUCAUGACAGAAUCAAGCGGCGCGACAUUGUUGUCAUGGCAACCACCAACUUGACAUCCAUCCACGCGCUUAUCCUGUUUAGGCCACUGGAAGAUUAUGAACGGGACAUUUUGUGGGAAUCAAGCCCACGUCAGCUCCGCAAACCGCAACGCCGCCAGUGGCUCCUCGCCCAGCUUUCCAGAAAACCAGCUUGUUUCUGUCAUUUCAAGCAGGCAAAAGCUUUAUGACAUGCCAUGUGUCAAGUUACGCCUGUCAGCAAUCUGGGCGCGCUGUGAUCCAAACAGUCAACACAAGGACGAAUCGCAGAGUGAUAAGACAGCAAAAAGAAAAAAAAAAACAUGCUCGUGCUACUAUCGGCUGAUUUUGAAAGGCGGUGUGUAAAAGGAAGGGCGACAUGACGUUGCUCCAUACGCUGACUCAGCUUCUUUUCACCUGCAACCAAAAUGGCAUCUACCCAAAGAAUGGUUGUUUCUCGUUUCAUCGUUUGUCCCUCCCUGUCUCUUUGGCUUUCGUUCAGCCGGACAUGUUUUUAAAAUGUGUAAUUCUCACGUUCACGUUCGACCCAUGCGACACUGCUUUACAUCCUCUUUCCUGUCAACUUUUUGAUUUCAUACUCUGCAGUGGUUUUGAACUGGCGUUUACUAUUUCGACCACCGCUGUUUACAUUUACAAACAGUUAUGUGCAAAAGUCUUAGUCAUGAUAGAAUUCCUAAAAUCUCCAAUGAUGGCCUAAAAAUUUUGCACAGUGCUGUUCGUGAGUGGGGUCAGACAAUAGGAAGGUAAAUAAAUCUCGACUGUCGUUUUGAGCAGGAUGAAGAAGAAAAUGUGGGCUUGUUACAUCUGCCACUUCUUUUUCUGUAAUGUUUUGAUCAAGCUGUGAGAGGAGAAAUUAAAGGACCAGGGUGUAGAAUUUAGUGGCUAAAAGAUAACGGCUAACUGCGAGUGAAUGAUUGCAAAAACAUUUGCGCAGAAGUGAGUCACACACACACAUGUGAAAGUGCCUUCCAAACACCGCUACAUAUCACUAAGCUUGCGUAGAUGGAGGAGCGGAAGGAGGGAAAGAAUCUUUGAAGGUUUGCUGGAAAUGGAAAUUUUGGUUUGCGUGGCUCAUAGUUGUGGUUGACUGCGAUAGUACCCAAAAGAUGCAAGGCAUCAGUUUUUGGUUGAUUCUGAACCACUGCAGUAAGGUGGGCCCCAUCUAAGAGGACUAUCUGUAGAUACAAAGGGCUCUUUUUAAAGAUAGGAAUUCUUCAAAUGAGGACAUAAGUAUACAUAUAUAUUCACUUUAAUUUUCCAGCCAGUAAGUCCCACGCACUUAUGAUAUCCAUAAUCCUAUCAUAUCAUUCUAUCGUUAUUUAAUGUCUCAAUUCAAUCAUUAACAAUUAAAUGCCUGUUUGAUUUCCAAAUAUGAUAUUUAUAACUUCUUGAUAUUUCGAUAAUUUUCUAAAUGGAUAAAAAGACAGAUAUAUGCACUAAAUGCAGAUGUAUUCGUGAAAAAAAAAAUGUUUAUUAAAAGUCGUUUUUAUCACAUGAUGAAAAAUUGAAUCACACGGCAACUCUUGCCCGGAUGCCAAAUUUUCAGGUGCCUUUGGGGCAUGGAUGAAGUAGGUUGGAGUUCAGCCGCAUAUUUCUUUUUUUACUUGAUAUAUCCCCCACAUCCUAAAAAUUGAAAUGUCCAUCGGCAUGUGGCCUCAGCACAGACAUCUGCUUUAGCUCGUUAAAUGUAGAAAGUGGAUGCUUGUUGGAAUGUGUUGGCAGCAGCAUUGCGUCUAUUUGUUGCCAAAAUGCAUUCAAGACAACACGUAUGUUUUUGCAUGAGGAGAUAAACUCCAAGUGGAAUACGGACUCUGUUUAAUAGUGACUCAUUCCAGUGUCACGCAAUAACCUACCUGUAUGUUGUCUCUGUAGCAAAACUACAACACGUUGAGGACGUCCUCAGUAGAUAACAGUGCCUGUGUUGUCUAUUUAAGAAAUGUGAAUUUACAGUGGAACCUUUAAAGUUAAAAAGAAUCUGGAAUUAAAUGAAUCAUUGUUAAGAUUAAAACGUAAAAAACAAUGACAGGGGCUCUUCAAUUUAUGACAGAUUUGUCGGACACAGUAUAACACAAUACAACCUAGCCUCUGUUACCUAGCAAUGCUAAUUUGUAUUAAAGUCAUCGUUACAAUGAAUAUCUGUAUGAAAAAACACUUCUAGGACAUAGAGAGAAUCUGACUUGGACUAUUAUAGUCUACCAGUGUUUUCCAAUCUUCAUUGAGCACAUAUUUGAUCUUUAGUUAUCAAGAAAACCAGGAAGAGCUAGUAAACCUUUGGCAACAAUAAGCUACAUAUUGGAUAGAUCCACUUAUCCAAUCUGCUAAUGGUGAAAUAGCGGCUCACUCAUAAAGGCUGCUAGCCAUGCUUGCUAUUCAUGCAUUAUUUAAGUUCGUACCCUACCUUAUACUUCCAUCAAUACCAUCCUAAAAUAACGACUAUCACUAUUUUAUUACACUAAAAAUGGUUUCGUUUGCUGUCAUCGAUUAAAAUUGCAUAGGCCCUAAUAUGUUGCCAGAUUGUCCUAGUAGCUAGCAGCUAGCCGUUAGCGGCGAGCUACCUUGUAGUUUAACUUCGAGCACAUGGAGGCUAAUCGUGUUUUGAUUAAAUCCAAACCAGCAAAAGAGUUUCUUUAAAGGUUUCACUGUAUGUGAUUGAAAGGGAGUAGCGUGACGCAAAGUGCUCAGGGACCAACAACACUUCAGUGAUGUAAGCGAGUAAUAACUAGCAAGAACGACUAGAUCAACCAACGACUAGAUUUACACCAAUAAGGGAGAAACACACACUUUGAGCAGUAUAUACGUAAGGGAUCAAAUCAAGACUGUUUAACGUCUUGGCAAUCGCAUCAAAAUGAAUGUCGUCACUCGAUAAAAUCACAUCGGUUUCCAUCCCAAUGUUUAAAAUAACAACGGGGGAGUCGGAGGUCAUUUUUCCUGGAACAAACGGCCGUCAUUAGCCCCUCAAAGCGAUUAAAAAAGAUUGCCAAAGAAGCUGAGCGGUGUUCUGCUGACAUGCAGCGUGCACAGCUGAGGCCUCAUUGGAGGCAGGCGUGGUAUAGAUCCAUCCGCUCAACUUUGAAAACAGAUGUCCGGGUGGAGGUUACACUUCGUAGACUUGAACCCUUACAGCGACAUAAUGCUAUAAAUGUGAAAUGCCUGUCGUGCGUCAAUCUAACGAUGAGCGGGUGUGUGUGUGCGCGUGUGUGCGUUCAGCUCUUAGCAUACACACAUUCUCAGUGUACAGUAUUUUCUAAAGUAUUUUCCUAAAACACCAGCCUGUGAAAUCCCGAGCAUACGACGAUAAUCAGCACAUUGAAUUCCUUCCUCGUGAUGCUCGAGUUAAGAGACGUCCUUUCCCCGCAAUAACUUCCCACUCGGCGACCUCCCGGUCUCACUGAAUUUAUUUAACCAAGUCCAUGAGAUGCAUGCAGUUCUUCCACUCAGAGUGUACAGAGAUGACCAGUGAAGACAGAGAAAGAGAUUAUUCUAUGAAAAUCAAAGUAGAUGCAAAUACAAAUUCUGUAUUCUUAAAUGUGAAUAGGAUCAUGUCUGGCAUGCAUUGGUAAAUAAACAAAUAGAUUGCCAAACCGA